UAUAUCGGCAUGCGAUGACGUCACAUCCGGUUUCGCCGCGUCUUGUGGGAAAACACCGGUUUGAAAUUAGCGCGAGGGUGGGGGCUUUCCACGAGGCUCACCUGAGCAGAAGCAGUUUUGCAGGCAUGAGAAAUCACAGUGAGAGCAACGCUUUUUCACCAUAUGUUAAUGUGAAGAGUGAACAGUAAAUGGUUAAUCUUACUGCGAUCUGGUUUGCAUUGGCUGUGGUUUAUCCGGACGUUAAAUUCGGCGUUUCGUUACACCCGAAGGAGAACGUGACAGUGAAAAAGCGGCAUUAUCAGGUGUUUCAAGUGCUGCAAUGUCAGCUCAAUCCGGCAUCAAGUCGACGCCGCCCAGCGACAGGGGCAGUAAACCGACAUCAAGUAAGUCCACACAGGCAAGAGCCAAGGCAGAAGCCGCCAAGGUGCGACUGCAUUACGCCAGACAAGAAGCAGUUUUGAAAAUGAAACAGGCCACCAGAGAAGCCGAAAUCCAGAAAGAAAAGGCUGCCAGAGAAGCCGAAGCGGCCGCCCGAGAAGCCGAAAUCCAGUUGGAAAUGGCAAAAAUAUCGACAGAGUUGCAAGUGCUGCAGCUAGAAAGAGAAGAAGAAGCUGCCAUGGCGGAAGCAGAGUACAUAGAAGAAGCUGAAGGGUCACGUGAUCUGACCGCAGCAAGAUCUACUUUAGAAAGGACCAGACUGGAACGCACAAGUGACUAUGUACAAUCUCAAACAGACAGGCAGGCUCGUCUCCCCUCUCCAUACCUAUUCGAUAACUUCCCCAGCUACGAGGAACCUCAGAGAGUCACGAUUGCAUCACAUCCAUACGAGGAAGGAAAUUUACCCUCACGGCUCCGUGAUGAAGUCAAGAAUGAAAGAACCGACAACGCUCCUUCACCCCCACAACAGGACGGCGGGGAGGGAGAGGUUCACUCCAGGACAACAAUUGUCAGCUCGAACUGUACAGAAGUUUGCGGUCAAACUCAGUCAAGCCGUUCUUGUUCCGAGAUCUGCCUCACUGAGGUGUACCCUAAAGAAGCACAACAAGACAUUACCAAGCGUAAAGUAACCGACGAGACGCUAGGUCAGUCAGUUUUCGUUCAAACCGAGCACGGAAACAAACUUGCACAAUCAGCUCAAGAUACCAUUUCUUUAAAAACCAAAGACACCAAGGUCUUCAGAGAUGAAGCAAAUAAUGGGGUUGCCCCAUUGCCAAUCAGAGAACCACGCCAGCGCUCACCAGAUAACAAAGAGCAGGCAGUCAAACGGUUCACGUCCUUACGGAAAACCUGGAAAAGGAAACCUGAGAUACAGCAACGCACCCGAUUGGCCCACGAGGUACUGUGCACCCUAAUGGCAGAGGUCACAGCCAUUAUAAACGCACAAUCAUUCCUACCUGUGUCUUCUGACCCAGAAAACCCCUUUAUACUUUCGCCAUCAACGCUCCUUACGCAGAAGGCAGGAGCACCUCCUCCACCAGGAGACUUCUCAGACAAGGAUUUGUACACAAAGCAAUGGAGACAAGUCCAGGCUCUGGCAAAUCAGUUCUGGCCUCGCUGGAGACAAAAAUAUCUACCUUUGUUGCAACAGAGACAAAAGUGGACAGAACCCCGCAGGAAUCUUCAAGUUGGAAACUUAGUCCUGCUCAGGGACAAGCAAGCCACCCGCAACAGCUGGCCAAUGGCCAGAAUCACUGUUACAUUCCCUAUCGAGGAUGGACAUGUCAGGAAGAUCGAAUUGAAGACUACCGACCAAGGCGAUGUGAAAAUUUACCAAAGGCCAGUUACAGAAGUUAUUCUACUUCUACCCAAUGACUGAUUAAGAGACUAAGUUUUGUACUCUGCUCAUUGUGACCUUACGAAGGUCAAGCGGGGAGUGUGCUGUCUUUACGACAGUUAUUUAGUUUAUAAUAUUUUCGCUUAGUGAUUCAUUCAAUAGUAUUUUCUAGUUAGAAUUAUAAGUGUUUAAAGUGUAUUCAUUGCAUGUAAAAUAUAUCGGCAUGCGAUGACGUCACAUCCGGUUUCGCCGCGUCUUGUGGGAAAACACCGGUUUGAAAUUAGCGCGAGGGUGGGGGCUUUCCACGAGGCUCACCUGAGCACAAGCAGUUUUGCAGGCAUGAGAAAUCACAGUGAGAGCAACGCUGUAAGUUAAUAGAUAAUCGAUAUAUUGAACUAAGAUGUUAAUAGUGAUCCUGUUAGAGGUAACGUCGGUAGAUAAUGUUUAUGCUUUCGUUAGUUAAAGAGUCGCGGAUAGUUUGCAUGGAAGUGUAUUUAAAGUAGUCAAUGGAGCAGGUAAACUCUCCCUGUAUACUGCACCUUAGUGUAAUGUAGUUAUAGUCACCUUUGCAAGUAUUUACACUUGAAAUGUGAUAUUAAGGAAGGAACAAAUACUGUAUCAAUCUUGUAUUGUUUUAUCAACAGUUUUCACCAUAUGUUAAUGUGAAGAGUGAACAGUAAAUGGUUAAUCUUACUGCGAUCUGGUUUGCAUUGGCUGUGGUUUAUCCGGACGUUAAAUUCGGCGUUUCGUUACACCCGAAGGAGAAC